AGUUGAGAACGGGGAUGUGCUGGCUAUCCAUGGUGCCUCAGGUGUAGUUGAACAGAUCUUCAUCCAGGCGCAUGAGGAAGGGAAAGACUUCCGUGUCAUUGUGAUUGAUUCGAGACCACGUUUGGAGGGUAAACGUUUACUGAAACGACUGACAAAGCAUGGGAUAGACUGCACGUACGUGCUGAUCACCGGGGCGUCGUAUGCGCUCAAAGAG